AUGGCGAAGCGGCUCUCCGCUGCUGUAAUUUCGUCUGCUAAAAAAUUAAGAAAUGCGACGCUAAGCCCUCAGUUCCGAGCCGAACAGUUUCCACAUGACUUUUAUGUGACCGGAGAAUUGCUGUUUUGUAAAUUUUGUCAACAUUCCAUUGACUGGAAGCGCAAAGAUACAUGCACUGACCACCUGUUAUCAAAAACUCACAUGAAAAACAAGGAGAAGCACAAAACCGCUAGCAAGGCCACCACGUCCAUACAGAUGUGCAUUACUGCGGAUGCAUUUAAAUCUUCAGACGCAAGGAAAGAGUUUGUUGAGGAUUUUGUCGCUGUGUGUACUGAGGCUGACAUCCCUCUAGAAAAGAUGACAAAACUGCGUCCGUUUCUAAAGAAGCACUGCAAACAGGGAGGAGCUCUACCUGAAAGUGUAAGCAGCCUUCGCCAACUUCAUUUACCCCGAGUGUUUGAGCAACAUAUCUCCUCUGUGCUAAAAAAGAUCUGUGGGAAAAAGUACUCCAUUGUUGUGGAUGAGACUACUGAUGCAAGAGACUGCAGCGUCCUAAACAUCGUCAUUGGAGUUGAAAAACAAUAUUUUCUUGUGGAUGUCGUCUUCAUGGAAAGAUGCAACUAUUCAACAGUUUCCCAAGAAAUACUAGCCUCCCUCCACAGCAACGCUCUAGAUCUUAAUGAUGCCAGGGCAGUGGUUACAGAUAAUGCUGCAUACUGUCUGAAAGCAUACAGGGAGGUCCUGAAAGGACUGAUGCCGAACAGCGUCCAUGUUACCUGCCUCUGCCACAUCAUAAAUCUGUAG